AUGAGUCUGCUAUUGAGGUCCGAUGACACGGUUGUCCCAUCUCCCUUACCGCAGGGUGCUGGUUAUGCGGUAGUCGUUGCAGUUGGGCUCAUAUUUGCCCUUGGAAUGAUUGGAAUAACAAGAUUAUUGAAAAAGGCCUUGAAUGAAGAUAAUGCCAAUGUCGAGACUUUUAUGGUUGCCAAUCGAUCAGUGGGAACUGGUCUCGUUGCCUCUGCAGUAGUAUCAUCGUGGCUAUGGAGUACAGCUUUGCUUAGCUGUGUCCUGGUGACAUACCUUUAUGGAGUCUCUGGAGGAUUCUGGUAUGGAGCUGGAUGUACACCAAUGAUUGUCUUCUUUGCAUACCUAGGAGUGGUCUGUAAGAAACGCAUCCCAGAGGCACAUACCGUUCUGGAAAUAGUUCGAAUCAGAUAUGGCACUGUUGCGCAUCUUGUGUUCACUUUCUUGGCCGUUGUCAACAAUUUGUUUAAUACGAUCAACAUGAUCUUGGGCGCUGCCGCCGUUAUCACAUUCCUAACAGGUAUCCACAUCAUGGCUUCAACCUUCCUCUUGCCGGUUGGAGUUGUAUUAUACACACUCGUUGGUGGCAUAAAAGCAACAUUUUUGACCGAUUAUAUACAUACCUUUGUAAUUGCCAUCUUGUGUUGCUACCUCACAACAAAAACUCUUACACAUCACGACGUUGGUUCCAUCGAUGGGUUAUAUGAUCUCGUGGUUAAGGCUCAGCCUUCAUACGAGGUUGAUGGAAAUUAUCAAGGAUCUCUGCUCACAAUGAACUCCCAGCAAGGGAUAUUCUUUGCCAUCAUUCUGCUCGUUUCAAACUUUGGAGCCGUCAUUAUGGAUACCAGUUAUUUCAUCAAAGCAUUUGCCGCGUCUCCCAAAGCCGUAGUACCAGGUUAUGUGGUGGGCGGCUUUGCGUACUUUUCUAUCCCAUGGAGUCUAGGAACAAUCAUGGGCCUCGCUGCUUUGGGACUGGAAAGUUCUCCUAUCUUCCCAACAUAUCCUCGUACCAUGACUAGCUUAGAGGUAACUAACGGCCUUGUGCUCCCAUAUGUAGCUGUGGCAGUUGCAGGAAAAGGCGGUGCUGUCGCUGUCCUCUUGAUGACGUUCAUGGCAAUCACUUCCACACUCUCAGCUCAAGUUAUUGCGGUGUCUUCCAUCUUCACAUUCGACUUUUACAGAACUUACGUCAACAAAAACGCAGGCAACAAAGAUGUUAUCCGAUGGAGCCAUCUGGGAGUGAUUCUCUUUGCUGCUAUAUCGGCUGGGUUGACUGCGGCAUUUAAUUAUGGAGGGAUUAAUAUGGGGUGGACUCUCUAUAUGAUUGGAGUUGUCACAUGCCCUGGAAUAUUCCCCUUGAUCCUCACGAUUUUGUGGAAUAAACAAAGCGCUUUAGCAGCUGUUAUUUCGGCCAUAGCCGGCCUAGGAACCGGCUUGGGCGUGUGGCUCGGGACUGCACAAGCAUUAUUCGGGGAGGUAACGGUCGACUCUACUGGACAAACGCUGCCUUGCAUGUAUGGAACUGUAGCCUCUGCUCUCAGUCCUCUGCUGUAUACAGUUAUCUUGUCACUCAUCUGGCCAGAUAACUAUGACUGGGCGCGAUUUACAGACGAAAAGCUGUUACUUGACAGCGAUACAUCGGCCGAGGAAUCGGAACGGGAGGCGCCAGUUCGUCAAAGCAACAAAGGAGGCGUCUUUAGUGAAGACUCUGAAGUUGUAUAUGAUCAAACAGAUUUGAGAUGGCAGCGAUACGCACUAUUCUGGUCGCUGUUCUCCUUCUUUGGCAUUUGGGUGCUGUGGCCUCUGCCUAUGUACGGUGCAAAGUACAUUUUUAGUAAAGCUUUUUUCAGAUCAUGGAUUACAGUGUCACUCAUAUGGUUGUGGAUAAGUCUUCUCAUACUUGGCGUGUAUCCAUUAUAUGACGGGCGGAAACAGAUCUUGAAGGUGCUGCGUAGCUUACGAGGCUAG